UCCUGUUUUGGAGGAAAAUGGAAGUCAAUGGUGAAGCAAGAGCUAGAGCUAGAGGUGAGAGUAAGGAGAGGAAGAGGAUGAGGAGGACGAAGAGGAUGAGGAGGAUGGGGAGGAAGAGGAAGCACAGUUGUCGCAGAUGAGCUCAGGGCCACAUUGGUUGACCAUGUGCUCAACCAUUGAUUGAGUAUGAGGGAGGCUGGGCAGAGUUCAGCCCAACCUGAGCCGCUACAUGGUUGCAUCUAUCAUUCGUACAUUCAGAAAUGACAACCGAACUGAGACGGUCAGGCCAUGGUGGAAGACACCGGCUGUUCACACCAGAACAGAGAUGGUCAGGCCAUGGUGGGAGACACCAGCUGUUCACACCAGAACAGAGACGGUCAGGCCAUGGUGGGAGACACCAGCUGUUCACACCAGAACUGAGACCGUCAGGCCAUGGUGGAAGACACUGGCUGUUCACACCAGAACUGAGACGGUCAGGCCAUGGUGGAAGACACUGGCUGUUCACACUAGAACUGAGACGGUCAGACCAUGGUGGAAGACACCGGCUGUCCACACCAGAACAGAGACGGUCAGACCAUGGUGGAAGACACCGGCUGUCCACACCAGAACAGAGACGGUCAGGCCAUGGUGGAAGACACCGGCUGUCCACACCAGAACAGAGACGGUCAGGCCAUGGUGGAAGACACCGGCUGUUCACACCAGAACAGAGACGGUCAGGCCAUGGUGGAAGACACCGGCUGUUCACACCAGAACAGAGACGGUCAGGCCAUGGUGGAAGACACCGGCUGUUCACACCAGAACAGAGACGGUCAGGCCAUGGUGGAAGACACCGGCUGUUCACACCAGAACAGAGACGGUCAGGCCAUGGUGGAAGACACCGGCUGUUCACACCAGAACAGAGACGGUCAGGCCAUGGUGGAAGACACCGGCUGUUCACACCAGAACAGAGACGGUCAGGCCAUGGUGGAAGACACCGGCUGUUCACACCAGAACAGUAUAUCUCUAUUGAGAACAUGGUGGUAGCAAACAGUACCAUUAGACUACGAAAAAUCCAGAACCACAUAAUUGCAGACAACACAAUAUUCAAUAACAUUCACCAGGUGGGCUUGUCUACAUUGGACCGUGUAUUACAGCACAACCGAAUCUGGAUGAAACCGGUGUACCGAGUGCCAUUUCAGCAAAACUCAGAGGGUUAAAGAACAGUGCUAUGAAAAUGUGCUACUAAGUACUAUACAGUGAAUUUACUACCAUAUCAGCACUGUAUAGACACAUCACAGUACUGUAAUCCAGUGUAUUGUGCCUCACCAUAUUGACUGCUCUAGGUCUAUGUCACAUAUUGUCUUGUCUGUUUCAGAGAGUCUUGUAGCUGGAUGCCGCUGCAAUUCAGCAUGUUUAUAGAUACAUUGAGGCUGGCUUCAACCUAGCCAAAAGAAGGGGAUGGAACAUCAUUGGCCACCGUGCCAUUGUGAAUGUCCCUGGACAGCGUGGAGGGAAUAUCACCAUGUGCGCAGCUGUUAGCCAGCGAGGCAUCCUCCAUCACCAUGCCAACCUUGGUCCCUACAACACCGUCCUUCUCAUCACAUUCCUGGACACACUACAUGGCUUCCUCAUUCCAGCUGAGCAGAGGGGUGGACCAGAGCAGCCCAGCAUGGCGAUGGAAGGUGUAUGAUCGCUAUCCCCUCGCACACAUGCCUUUUCUGCAGGCAAUGGAGGAUGCAUGUUGUGAAGUUGAUGUGGAGGCUUUCGGCGGCUGGAUCCGUCACUCCAGAAGAUUAUUUCCCCGUUGUUUAGCCAGGGAGAACAUGGCUUGUGAUGUGGAUGAGGUGCUGUGACCAGACCAAAAUAGGAGGCAGGAUGCAACCAAAUGUAUUUUCUUACAUUUUGCAUGUGCUUUUGAAAUAAUGAGCCACUUUCAUUUUUGUACAGAAAAUCCUUUAUCUUACUGAAUGUUUUGCCUGCUUUUCUCCUGUUGGGUAUGGAAAGUGUUACAUACAAAACACAAGUGUUCAAAAAUACUGCAUUUUGGAAAUAAAUGAAUGUUUUUGU